CUCCCCCCCGGCGAUGAGCGGGGCCGGGCUGAGCCCGGGUCGGCGGGUCCGUCGGGGCCUGGGCCACCGGCUUUUCUUUCACUUUUCCUUUCUGGCUCCUCCCUCGCGGGUCCCGGGGCCGCAGGGGACAAGCUCGAGCUCUGUCGCCGAUUCUCCAGGGUCCGGAGCAUCUCAGGGGGUCCUCGCCUCCACCCGGACCCCCUCUUCUCUCCCACAGCUUCGUCCGGGCGGGAAAAAUCCGGACCCCCGUGGGAAUUCCAACCUCCCGCACGCCUGAAGACCCUGCUCCUCUGGGACCUCGUCCGCCCGGGACCCGCCGGGACCCCCUCGACGCCAUGUGUCCCCCGACCCAGGGGGGCCUGCGCAUUUCCCCUUUCGGUCACGUCUCCCUCCUGGUCCUACACCGCCUGUCCCGGGCCCUGCUCUUCCCCUCCUACUGGGCCCUGGACCGGUUCCUGGUCUGGGGCAGGCCCGACUCCUGGGGCUGCCGGGCGAUCGGGCUUCACCUGUUGAGCGCCCUGUUGGGCGCCGCCGUCGGCCUCCUCCUCCUCUCGGCCACCCUGCCCCUGGCCUUGCCCGGCCUACUGCUCUGGCUGCCCCUGCAGCCCCGCCGCCGCCCCUUCUGCUACGCCCCCCCGCCCGGCGGCUGGCAGCCCCCCGCCCCGUGGCGGCCGUCGACCGACCCACCCCGCGCCUUCGGCUUCCUCACCGCCAACCUGUGCCUCUUCUCCGACGGGCUGGCGCGCUUCAGCAACCUCCGCCACAGCCAGCGGCGGGCAAAGGAGGCGGCCCGGGUGUUUGAGAAGUGGAGCCGGGGAGGAGGCAAGGGCUCCGCCUACGGGACCACGGACGGUAGCCCCCGCCGGGAGCCGAGGGGCCCCGGGGAGGUGCUGGCCACCCUGCCCGGCCGGCUGGAUUUCGUGUGUCUGCAGGAAAUGUUUGACUUGCGGGCGGAGGACCGGUUGGUGCGGCAGCUGGGCCCGGCCCUGGGCCACGUCCUCUAUGACGUGGGCGCUGCCGGCCUCCGGCCCGGCCUCCGGCUCAAGCUGCUGGGCAGCGGGCUCCUGCUGGCCUCCCGCUACCCUCUACUCGCCGCCCGCUUCCUCCCAUUCCCCAACGGCUGCCGUGAGGAUGCCCUGGCCUCCAAAGGACUGCUCUCCGCCCAGGUUCAGCUGGGCACGCUGGAUCAACGGCGGAUAGUGGGCUUCUUGCACUGCACUCACCUUCACGCCCCAGAGGGAGACGGAUCUGUGCGCUCUGAGCAGUUGUCCCUGGUCCUGGAGUGGGCUGAGCAGUUCGAGGCAGAGAACAGCAAGGGGGGAGACGCCGUGGCCUUCAGCGUAUUCAUGGGUGACCUCAAUUUUGACAACUGUUCCCCAGAUGAUGCCCUUGAGCAGAAGCACAACGUGUUCAGUUGCUUCACGGACCCCUGCCGCCUAGGCCCCUGCUCCGAACAGCCCUGGGCCCUGGGCACUCUGCUGAACAUCAAGUUUCUGCACCACUCUGUGGUUUCUUGCCCAAAGGAACUGAAGAGCGCUCUGGAGGAGGAGGACGGACGACGUACUUUCCUGGAUCAUCGCCCCACCACCGGCAUCCCCCUGACACCCUGGCAGGGCCGGAGAAUUGACUACAUCCUGUACCAGCAGGGCCGUCCCUCCCAGGGCCAGCCGGGACCGGUUCUCACUGCCACGGUGAAGCAUAUGACCUUCAGUACGGCGCUGGCUGGCCUCACUGACCACCUGGCUGUGGGGCUGGAGUUGCAGGUGGCCCCGGCGGCCUUCGACCCCCACGCUCCAGGGAAGACCACCUAGAGCGGGAAGUGGGGCAACCCGGAGCCUGGGCUCGAGGGAAUCUCGUAGUAGCCUGGGCAGCCUUGGCUCAUCUCCCCGAGACGGGGGGACCGAGGACUUCAGCAGGCCAGGAGAGGGGUUUUGGCUCUUUAUUACUGCCUUGCAGGAUGCAGGCCAGAGGGGACAGACCCCCCGCCCCCCCGCCACGCACCCACAUCCCCACCUCAGUCUCCCCUUUCCCGUCACCAGCCAAGGGAUGCUCCGUGGGCACCGUCGGUCCGCUCCCCGGCUCCUCUUCACACAGACUCCUGAGCCCGCCGGUACUCAAAGACGCUGCCGCGCUCGGGGAAGCGGCUCGGCUCGGAGGGCUGGGCGGGGACAGACGUGAGCUUUGCUGGGUCCCCGUAGCCCCCUCCACCCGGGGUCUGCAGACAGAAGACAUCCUGGAGAGGAGAGCCAAGAGGAGGGUCUCUGACCUGGUGUCCAAGAGGCGUGAGGGCAGUCUUGCUGUUCUGCACCCUCCUCGGCCCUCCCCUUCCCCCUACCCGGAAGAAACCGUCCCCGUCCCAGGCGGACAGAUGCUUCCAGAUGAUUUACGGAGAUCCGAAUAUACGAUGCUUUCCUGACCUCGGGGGAGAUAAUAAAACGAUCUUGCUCUGUAA